UCCGGCGGAAGCACGCUGUCACCUUUGACUCCAGCACCGCGGCAAGGCGCGGCGCCCGCACGCCCGACGGUUGCUUGGCAACGGCGACGCGGAGCCGCCAUGGAGGCGGCGGCGCUGCCUGCCGCGCUGGAGCUGGUGGCCGGCGGCGGCGCGGGGCUGAGCCCGGAGAAGCGGGCGGUGCUGGGGGCCUCGCUGCUGCUCCUCCAGCGCGACUACCGCUUCGAGCGGGUCUGGUUCUGGGGCUGCAUCCAGGGCGUGCGCGGCGCCUACUACAUCGCCGAGGGGCUGGGCCCCGACCGCGCCGCGCCCCGCCGCCGCCUCUACAGCUUGAACUGCGUGGAAUGGAGCCUCCUGCCACCAGCGACCCAGGAGGUGGUUGCCCAGGCUGAGCAGCUGAAGGGCCGCUUCCAGGGGGAUCCUUCUUUUGAGUACGAGUAUACCGAGAUAAAUACAGAAGAUGCCAAAAGAUUGUUUGGAGAUGGUAAGGAGCCCAUGAUCAAGGAGGAGGCCCGCCUCGUAGCUACGAUAGAACUGAUAGACAGAGCAGUUGGUAUCAUCCCCCGGGGGGCAUUUGUGAAGACUCCUCUUGGGUCUGUGCAUGAAAACAGAAACUUUGAAGGUCUUUCUUUGAUGGAGGCAAAAAAGUUAAGUUCCUAUUUCCAUUUCACUGAGCCUGUUAACCUGAAGAAUAAAACCCUGCUGGAAAAGGCUGACCUGGACCCAUCCACUGACUUUCUAGACUCUCUGGAGCAUGAUAUCCCACAAGGCUCCUGGACUGUCCAGCUAGAGAAGGGAGGCACUGUGGUGGUGCUGCGGAGCCUGCUGUGGCUGGGACUGACGUUCUACCAUGUCCCAAUGACCAAGCAAUACGGCUAUGUCUACUUCGGCACUGGCGAGAAGAACUUGGAUCUGCCCUUCAUGCUGUGACUCUCCUGUCUGGGAUGAGGACUCGAGAACAUUUAGAUUUUAUAUUUAGGAGACACUUGUUUACUGCUUGUUCUAAUAAAUGUGUGAAACCUC